AUGCCACUCUAUGCCAAGUUCUUGAAGGAGCUCAUAACCAAAAAGAGGAACUGGGAAGUAAAAAAAACCAUAGUGUUGACUGAGGAGUGCAGCGCCAUCAUACAAAAGAAGUUACCUCAAAAGCUGAAAGAUCUAGGGAGUUUUCAAAUCCCCUGCAUCAUAGGGGACAUGACUAUUGAGAAAGCUUUGUGUGAUUUGGGAGCUAGUAUAAAUCUCACGUCCCUAGCCAUGAUGAGAAGGAUGAAGAUUGAAGAAGCUAAGCCAACAAGAAUGGCACUCCAAUUGGCUGACAGAACAUUCAAGUUUCCACAUGGGGUGGUGGAAGAUUUACUAGUGAAAGUAGGGGAGUUCAUUUUCCCUGCUGAUUUUGUUGUGCUAGACAUGGAGGAAGAGGUCAACACAUUAAUUAUCCUGGGAAGAUCAUUUCUAGCUACUGCUGGAGCCAUCAUUGAUGUACAAAAAGGGAAACUAGUCUUGAGACUGCAUGAAGAAAAAAUGGUCUUCAACGUCUUCAAAGCAAUGAGCUACCCCAAGGAAUCCAUAGGAGAAUGCAUGAUGGUAAAUAUUAUGAAACAGAUAGUUCAAGAAGUUAUGGGGGAAGAACAAUGUGAAGAAAAUAUUGAGCUGGAACAAGCAACCUUGAGGAGCUCAAUCAUGCCAACUACCACAGACAAUAAAAAUGCAGAUGCACCAAAAUUAGAGCUGAAAGCCUUACCUCCUAGCUUGAAGUAUGCAUAG